GGGCAAAAAUAAACAAAUAGGAUUGGUGAAACCUGAGAUGGAAGCAUUAGAAAUUUAGAAAGAAAAGUGAAAUUGAAGAGAGUUGGAGGAAAGAGUAAAGCAGAGGAGGAAGAAGAAGAAGAAGAAGAAGAAGAAGAAGAAAAUGGGAGUAGAAGGGCAUGUUUUGAAGCGAAUUCCACGCAUUAAGUUCCCUGAUAGACACCCGAAAUCAUCCUUACCUUCAGGUUCUGCUCUCCAGUCUCAGCACAACUCCGACAAGGACAUUGGCUACUAUGCACUUUCAGGUUCCAAUGUGCCAGCACCACCCCAAAACACGGCUGUGGGUGGUAAAGCAUCGCUCCUGCCGAAGCGUACGCCUGUCUCGGACAGAGAGAUUGAGGCUAUACUGGUUGAUCCUAGCUUCAGUCCAUAAACACACACAAAGAAUUUGAGCUUUUCAAACCCCAUGAUUUGUCUAUUUUCUUUUGUUUUUGUAACAACGCAGUUGGGUGGAUGCUUUUGAUGUUUCCCAUCCGAUGUCAUGGAAGGAUAGCAUAGCGAUUAUUCAGUAUCGGGUUCGUUAUCCUUGUUAUCCAAUAACAUUGUUCUAAAACAUUUGUUGCAAACUUCUGCAUUCACCUGAAAAGAUAUCAGAAUCAUCUUGAUUUCGAUUCCUUCUUGUAUGAGACUGUUAAACCCUUGCACUGGGUCGAAACCCAAGCAGAGACACCUUCUGCUUUCUUUCUUGUCUCCUCUUUAGAUUGUAUCCAUCAACGACCCCCUACAAGGAAUAUGAAAUGAAAAAAAUGGAAUGUUCUUAAAAACAUAUAAGAACUUGGCCAUUGUGAUUGUUUA